AUGAAGCGAGCAGGCUGUGCUAGCGUAGCAACGCUGCCCGCAAAGCGCCCGACUGGACACUGGAGCCAGGGUCUCCUCCAGUCCAUGAGUGACCCCAGCAUGAUUGUCAUGUCAGACGACAGAAUGGUGAUGAUCAGGGACAAAUACCCGAAGGCCAGACACCACUACCUUGUCCUGCCCCAUACAGACAUCUCCAGCCUCAAAGCACUCAGCGUGUCCCACCUCCCUCUCCUGAAACACAUGCUCCAAGUAGCAACAGACUUUGUAACAGAGUUGGCAGUGCAUAAACUCGCCGUUCGAUACGGUUUACACGCACAGCCGAGCAUGGCCCGACUCCACAUGCACGUCGUGAGCCAAGACUUUGACUCUGGGUGCCUCAAACACAAGAAACACUGGAACUCUUUCACGACAGAGUUUUUCAUUGAUGCACAGAGUAUCAUUUCCUCACUGGAGGAGAAGGGGAGUGUGGAGGUGUUUGACAAGGCCACGUGUGACUCCCUGCUGAAGAUGCCACUGAGAUGCCAUGUGUGUGGGGAAGAACAGUCCAACUUUCCCAAGUUGAAGGCACACACCAAACAACACAACACCAAGUAG